GGAGACCCGAGCGUGGAAGGAUCACUGCUCCUUACUAUGUUCUCUACUACCAUAGCGAGAAUGUCCUGUAGCCGAGCUUCAGCUGUCACCAGGACCAGUGCUAUUGCUAGACACAUGUCCACCACGGCCCCCACUGCGGAACAAGCCUCACUUUCUCAGGCGGUAUACUUCGAGUCUGACGCAGCAACUAGAACAUAUGUACUCAACCGCCCCAAAAAAUUAAAUGCUCUCAACGAGGAAAUGUUGAACACCCUGCGACCGCAGAUAGAGGAGUGGACCAAAUCCGAUCUUUGCAAAGUGAUCGUGGGUACCGGAUUGGGUCGAGCAUUUUGCGCUGGAGGAGACGUCGCAAAUGUCUUACAAGACUCUUUGCAUAAUGAUACUCGCAGCAAAGCAAUUGAUUUCUUCAAACGGGAAUUCGAGAUGGAUUACAUCCUUUCCGCAAUGCCUAAACCUUAUGUGGCUGUGAUGGAUGGCAUUACAAUGGGUGGAGGUGUGGGCCUUUCCAUAAGUGCCCCUUUCAGAGUGGCUACGGAAAAAACGGUGUUUGCGAUGCCUGAGACGAAAAUUGGUUAUUGCCCAGAUGUCGGAGCUAGCUUCUUCCUAUCAAGGAUGGACGGUGAGGUCGGCACAUAUCUCGCGUUGACUGCGGAGACUUUGACUGGCAGAGAAGUUUUCGAACAUGGCUUCGCUACCCAUUUCAUUUCGUCGAGGGCUGUACCAAAUCUUCUAUCGCGACUUUCUGAUUUAGAGAACGCGGCAUUUGGAAUUAUAGACAGAACAAUAGAGGAGUUACACGCCGAACGUCAGGCGGACGAGUCACCCACUAGACUGACAGGACCCACUAGGAAGGCCCUUGAUACAGCUUUUCGACAUGAUUCCGUCGAGUUGAUAUUACAGGAUUUGCAAGGAUUUACUACUCCUGACUCUGACCCUGCUGUCCGUAAGUGGGCGGAACAGACAUUAGAAACUCUUCACUUGCGCAGCCCAACCAGCCUGAAAGUAGCUCUAUCUGCCGUUCGUCGAGGACGAAACAUGAAUCUGCUUGAGGUUUUACAGAUGGAGUUGGGAAUAGCUACCGCAUUUUGCAGCGGUGCGAGUCCUGACUUCCAAACAGGCAUCAGUGCUGUCCUUAUCGACAAAAUACAAGGCAGACCCGCUUGGUGUCCAAGCACGGUUGCUGAGGUUUCACCCGAGCUUGUGGAUAGGUUCUUCUCAGCAGACUCUGUCUAUCACUCUGCCACACCCAGAUUGUCGCCGCCGGAUAUGUUAUACAAGGACAAACGAGAUCCCAUGCGAUAUGCACUCCCAACGGAGGCCGAGAUUGGCCAUGUCGUGCAAAUGCUUACACAAUCCAACAACAACAGUGCCAUAGCCCUUUCUGUACUGCUUUCUAAAUUUGAUGAUCUUCGUCCAGGCAAGCAUGGUAUCAAAGAAAAGGUGCUGGAGGUGGUGCAGCGCAGAUGUGACUUGACUAAUCGGGAAGGUAUUACUUCGGUCCUGUGGCAGCGACGAGAGACUUAAGACUUGAUGUUGAGCGUAUAUCCAAGUAGUUUAAUGGUUAUGCACAUUUUUACGCAAUCUCGAAUUAUCCGAACAUUGUACUUGGCUAUGCAUCGAAAUAAAUUGUGGUUACCGCCGGUACGCCCGCGCCCAUUUAU